AGAGGAAGGUCAACAAUGGUGGUGGAGAUGAGGUCACCUCUAAGGAGUGUGCGAGAGGGACACCGCGGGAAGGGGAGGAGGACACCCAUAGGGAGCGGAUAUUUUCAAAUACACCUGUGCCGCCGCCGCGUCCUGGGGAGAGGAGCCGUCGCGGGUCCGGCCGGCGGCCGCCCAGGCCGGGAAGGAGCCGCCGGAGAAGCGAUGCAGGAAGCCAUUACCAUCACUGAGCAGCCAGUCUCCAUCUCUGUCCCAGUGGGAUACUCCUUCACACUGCGGUGCCGAGCCGAGGGACACACCUUGCUGCAGUACCAGUGGUUUUGUCAGCACCAGUCUGACUGCCACCAGAUUCCUGGAGCAACCAACCCAGACUUGCCCAUUAUUGCAGAGCAGACCCAGCUCUACACCUGCAGAGUCAAUGACCUCUACAGAAAUGCUGUCUUCUCUGACUGGGUGAAGGUGGAGGUCCAUCAGUGUGUCGCCAGAGGUUUGCCCCCUCGGCUGUGGCGAGGAGAGCCCGUCAUCAUCCUCAACCCCACGGAGCAGAGGGUGGAGGUGGGGAAGCCACUGCAGCUGCAGUGUGCUGCCAUGGGGGUCCCAGCCCCCUGCUACCAGUGGUACCGGAAUGGGAACCUGCUGGAACAGCACAAGAGAAAAAAACUCUGGAUCACCCAUGCCAAAGUCAGUGACUCAGGCACGUACCUCUGCUGUGCCUCCAACAGUCACGGAGAGCACUGGACCAACGCUGUGGACGUUCACGUAGGUACAUGUGGCUCUGAAAAGUUUUUUGCUACAGGCAAAAUAGCACUUUUAGUGGGCAACAACCGCUACCAGCAUCAUCCCAACCUCAUGGCUCCUGUCAAGGAUGUGUUUGAGCUGAGUCGUCUUCUGGAGCAGCUGGGCUUCCAGGUUGUCUCCCUCCUGGAUCUGAACAAGGCUGAGAUGGCGACAGCAGUCAGUCAGUUCCUGCAGCUCCUGGAAAAGGGAGUCUAUGCUAUAUUCUACUAUGCCGGGCAUGGGUACGAACAUCUGGGGAGGAACUACAUGGUCCCUGUUGAUGCCCCCCAGCCCUACGCCCCUGAGAACUGCAUCAGCGUGCAGAGGAUCCUCCAGAAGAUGCAGCAGCAGCAGACAGCCCUGAACAUCAUCUUGCUGGACACCUGCAGGAAGUGGUACAACCCAGGACGUGCCCUCUCCCAGGUGCAGCCGCUGGAGCCCUGGGGAAAUACUGUCUAUGGCUAUGCCACAAGUGAAGAUGCAGAAGCCUAUGAACUGCAGGACGGGGAGUUCAGCUCUGGGAUCUUCAUGAAAUACCUGAAGAAACACAUUCUGAAAGAGAAGAAGGUUACACACAUGUUGGAGGAUGUGUUGGAAGACAUUGGCCGGGAUCCCCUGGUCACUGGGAAGCAGGUGAUGGAGAUCAAACACACCCUGAAGGAAGCCCGGUCCCUGACAGACCCCAUCUGUCUCUCUGGCACAGGUGCUGAGCGCUGGGGACACAGCCAUGAGCCGCUGAGCAGAACACUGACCUUCCCCUGCGGGGCCCGGGCAGAGCUCCGCUUCCUGCGGCUCUUCUCCAACCUGAUGUCCGUGUGUGCAAAGCUGCAGCCCCCCCCGGCCCAUGUCACUGCCCCUCGCCUCCUGCUCUGCCAGCCCCCGGAGAUGGAGGCCGUGGCCAUGCAGAGGGAGAGCCGUCUGGACCAUGUGGAGACUCUGCUCGCCUCCGUAUACAAGUGGGAGGAGCUGGACUGCGUCUUCCAGCUUUGCGGACUUCAGAAAAUUCAGACGGAUGUGGUCCUGCAGUUGGAUUUGCAUUACACCCAGCCGAGCACAAAGCAGAGGACUUGUGAAAGCCUGCGAACGACCCUCCAGAAAUCCCUGCUGGGGCAGUUUUUCAGCCAGAGGAACGACUCUCAGCCAGACUCCCAGCAAACUCCUGCCGGCACAGGCAGUGUAUGCCUCCAGGACACACUGGACCCAAAGGGACAAGGAUCCCUGAGGACAGGCUCUGGCCACAGCUUGCCCAGCAGCAGCCCCUCCACCUUCAGCAGCGAGCCCGAGGAGAACGACGAGAGCGACCUGGGCGAGCUCUGCUCGGCGCUGCUCCGGGCUGGCCCCUGACCCUCCACCCUGGUUUUAAUUGAGGCAACAGUUCUGAAUCCUUCAGAAUCCACAGCUGCCUCCCAGUCUCGGCAUCACCCUGUCCCAGUGAGGCCAAGGAUGCUUUCCUGGAAAGGCUUCUCCCAUCUGCACCCUGUGGCGUGCGGGGCCUGAAGCCCACUGGGACUACCCCCAGUCCCACGUGAGCGUCGGGAUCAGUGGGGAGUCACUGUGGUGUCUGCAGAGGACAGGGCCACCCGGCCAGUCAUAACACUGCCAAGGCACUGCUGCAAGUCAAGGGCACUGCUGGUAUUUUCUGCCCGAAAACAAACGUUGCAGCAUUAAAUGUGAUGAGAAACCCCCAAACACUACAGCCCCAGCUCCAGUCCCAGCCGUGGCUGCUGGCUGCCAUCACACCUGUGCAAGGGACACGGGGCUGCACCAAGGGGACCAGGUGAAAUGGUGUGAGCUCUCCCUGGGGUAACAGUGUCGCUUUUUUCCCAUGCUUGUGUCAAAGCAGGUGUUAAGUUAUGCAUUUAUGUGUUUCUGAAGAGUGUAUUUAUAAUUGGGGUGACAGUCACUUGCCAGGAAAAGGAAGUUCCGUCCAGUGUGUGUUUAGGGGGGAGGCUGGUUUUCCACCAGGAACAGCCACCAGGAGUAGCAGG